AUGGGCCAUGGCGGCCAUGGCCCUGAUGGGCCCUCGGCCAGGUUAAUUCGAGUGCGAGUGCAUGCGAGUGCGGGCCAAACAGGCCACCGAUUUGGCCACUUUGUACAGAGAGAGCAGGGGCGUUUUCAAAGCGCCGCCGCUCUGCCCUGCGAGAUCCUUCGGGGGCGAAGUGUACAUAUCCCGGCCGCUGGAAAAAGCCGCGCCCGACCGGCCGACGCGACCUGCCCCAUGGGCCCCCCGUCGGCGCCCAACCGAUCUGAGGAGCAGGCGGAGGCCGAAGAGGAAGACGGCAGCGAGGAGGCCAGGCGUGACGGCGAGGAGAACCAGGACCCCUCUGCAGAUGUCACCAAGAAAGCCGUGAGGGACUUCGAAUACCUGGUGGGCAUGCCGAUCUCCACUCUAACGGCUGAGAAGGUGGCCAAGCUUAUGCAGGAGCACGAGGUCAAGGCCAGGGAGCUAAAAGAGCUGCAGAAGAAGAAGCCUUCAGAUCUUUGGCUGGAGGAUCUGCAAGCUUUGGAAGUCGCGCUGGAUGAGCGCGAUGCCGCUGCCUGUGAUGCAGAGGAGAAGGAGAAGGCGAAGAUGGAGAAAGCCAAGGCCAAGAAUGCAAAGGUCUCCAAAGGCGCGGGACUUUGCGCGUGCGGAUGCCCUAGUUGUGCUGAUGUGCCGCCGUGCCGCUUGACGAGGAAAGCAAGGCCUGAAACGCAGUGCUUCUGGACCUCCAGACCGAGCAAAGUCCCCAGAGCAGCGGAGCACUAG